CGCAUCAAGCGCCAUCUACGUCCCCAAGCAAAACCGCCAUCGACUUUCUUUCGCAUUUCCGUUAAGCCAUGCCUUUCAGGAGGUUCGUUGAGACGGGGCGUGUGGCCAUGGUGGCCGAUGGCCCCAAAAAAGGCAAGCUGGUGAGCAUUGUGGAUGUUAUUGAUCAAACCAGGGUUUUGAUUGAUGGACCAACAAGUAAUGUAGCUAGGACUCAAAUGAGAUUAAACCAGCUACAUUUAACCAAAUUUAGGAUAAAAUUCCCUUUCACAGCAUCAACUCGUGUUGUUAGGAAAUCUUGGAAUGAUGCUAAAAUCGAUGAGAAGUGGAACGAAUCAGUUUGGGCACAAAAAUUAGCUGCCAAAGAAAAGCGCGCUGCCCUAACAGAUUUCGAUCGUUUCAAGUUGAGACGGGCUAGGACUCGUAGGAAUAAAAUCAGAUCCAUUACUUUUUAUAAUAUGAAAAUGACAUCGUCUAGAAAUGGUUCGCUUUUUGGUAAGAAGAAAAUGGCUAAAGGCGGUGAUAAGCCUAAAAUCAAAAAAGCAGGGAAAAAAGAGGAGAAACCCAAGAAAAAAUAACAUAAAUUUGUGUUAAGGACGAAUAUAUAAGUUUAUAUUAUAAA